AUGGCUUCUCGUCGGCACUCGCUCGAGGUGGACGCCCCGCCCUCGUUCGAGGUGGACUCGACGGGCUCGCGCCCGUCGUUGACAGCGCAGGGCCGGCAGCUCGGCGCAGGCUCUCGGCCGAGCGCAGUGGCGAGGAGUGUCACCUGCCAGCUCAACCUGGACCAAGAUCCCCUGGUGGGGAGCAUGCACGGCCCCCGCGAGCAGAUCACACAGGUGGGGGCGAUGCUCACCCUCAUCGCGGCCAUCAUCGGGGCCGGCAUCAUGGCGCUCCCGCAGCUGCCGGUGCAGUCGGGCCUGCUCCCCUCGAGCGCGCUCUGCGUGGCGACGGCGCUCUACACGCUGGAGACGGGGCUGGUGUUCACCGACGCCAUGGUGAGGCACAACGAGCUCGCCGAGGGCGACAGCAGCCGGGCGAAGAUACUCACGUUCGAAGACUUCGGGAGGGAGGGCGCGGGAGAGGCGGGGGCGCAGCUGGUGCGGGCGUCGGUCGUCGCCCGGGUCGCCGGGCUGUGCUCGGGAUACGCCAUCCUCUUGGGGCAGCAGCUCAAGGGCAUGAGCGACUUGAUUCUUCUGCUGCCUGAUGCCAGCUACCGAACGUGUGUGCUGAUGGUGGGGCCGAUCUUGUGGCUCCUGUCGAUGAUGCGCGACACUGUCGCCAUCGCAAAGCUGAUGCCGCUAGCCACAGCUGCGGGAGUCGCAUCCUGCGUGCUCAUCGUCGUGAAAGGCAUCGUGGACGCGCAGGUUUGGAAAGGCUGGGACGAGCCCGUUCACAUUAUUGGCCCCCCUCCGCACAUGUCAUUCAUGGCGCCAUUUUCUGCGCUUGCCACACUCAAUGGCGCGUUCGGUUUUAUCCCGAACGUGCCAACAAUCACAGCGGAUAUGGCCGACGUUCGAGAGUUUAAUGGAUCGCUUUACGGCACCAUGGCCAUAAUAACGGUGCUGUAUUGGGGUGUCGUGGUCGCGGGCCAUUACGGAUACGGAGACUUCGUGGAAGAGAGCAUUGUGGACUCGAUGAUGUACCAUCCUGGGAAUUACGAGGAGAGUCGAUUGCCACUUGAAGCGUGGACCGGAGGGAAGACAGUGAUGGUUCCGCGGAUCAUGUGUAUUGCCGUUGCUGUAAAUAUCCUCCUCAGCUACCCUCUGAAUAUGAUGUGUGUCUUUGUCUCUGUUGAGAGCACCAGUUGUGGUCAGUCGUACUGCCGGGCUGGCACAGCCGGGAACUACAUCAUGCGAUCCGUGCUGGUUGGAGUUACAGUGUCGGUUGCUCUCAUGACUGAGAAAUUCGGGGAGCUCUAUGCUGUCAUUAUGGCCGUCCUCGGUCCACUGCAGGGUGUCUUCUUCGUGUUCUUUUUUGCCUACAGGAUCCGGCGGAAGUGCGGCGCACCAGACUACUCGAGUUGCCGCAAGACUGCCCACUGCGUAUUCACGCUGCUUGGGAUUGGCAUCACGGUGUUCGGAUUGUACGACUCUCUGAAUGCCCUGUUGUCCUAG